UGCAUUGUACACUUUCAUAUUUGUUGUAAUAGACUAUCUCCGUCAGAUCCAAUCUCCAUUUUUAUAUUUUCAAAAGUUAAUAUAUAAUAUAAAAUAAUUAAAAUUGGUGCACUAUAAUGUUCAUAAAUAGGGACCAAUAUAGCCGAAGCAGUAAACGCGCAGUUUUUCAGCAAGACUAUGCUGAUGGUUCUUGGUUCGCUUGCCGGUUGCUCCUCGACCUUUUCGUAAUGGAAAUUUUCUUGACUGCCUUGGGCUUACAGUAUCUUCGUACCUGCCACAUAUUAUACGAUCGCAAUAUGGUUGUUGGCAUAGAAAGUUCUCAAUCAAUUACUGUGGAAGUGUUCAUAGAACACUAAGCUGCGAAGCUGGUUCUCUCCUAUUGAGGACGGUACGCCGAGGAGAAGAAUAAGAAUGAUUACAAAAGUGUUGAAUGCAUGAUUGUUUUUUAAGAUAAUGUAAAAAUAUAAACAUUCGUCUUAUGAUAUUGAAUUUACUUUCUAUUUAAGGUAUUCGGAAAUUCAUAAAGCAAGAAUUCGGCUUGAAGCUUCUCGUCCCGUGGGCUGUUAUGAUCGAAUACAGAAAAUCAAUAAUACCGCCCUUUUUAACUCCAAACUGGGAAAAAGGAUACCUUUCGUGUACCGUUUCCGUUCGGGAUUUGAUUGAAAAUGAUGCUAGACGAAUUACUGAACUAGCAGACACAAGAUCAAAACUGGAUGCUAUUUCAAAUUCGUACGACGCACCAAUAGUCAUUGACUGUUUGAUGAGGGUAGCGGGAGGUCCUGAUUCAGCAACAGGUUUCUCCCAGUAUAACCAGGAAAACAUUCUUGGUAGUGAUGAGAGCCUCCUGUCAGAAAAUUAUAUGUGUCUGGAGCUGAUAACAAUGUCUGGGGACGAAAUCUACCGGAAUCCAAACCCGCAGUCGGACUUGUUUUGUCGCCCACGAUCAUUAAGCUGGACGAAAGAGACGGAUGCCAUCACACUGGAAAUGUAUAACAACUUUUUCGAUGAAAUCAACGACAUCAAAGACGAUCCCGUCAUAGUCAACGUAGAUAAUAUUCGUCUUCGAAUAACAGUAGAAGCAAUUUAUUCAUUAAUCGAUGGAAAAGCUGCCAAUGCUAUUGUGGGCAACAAAAAUACACAUGCUUGUCCGGUAUGCAUUGCAGGAGUAGAUAGUGUAAUAGGACCGUCAUAUUUUCACUCUCGCUUAAAUAGCGCGGAAUGGCUAAUUCGUAAUGCGGCAAAAAAGAACAUCCCCAAUAACCCAGCUUUGACAAAUCCUGAAGUACGAGCGGAGCACAGAAAAAUUUCGAAUAAUCUGGAGGAUCAGUUCAAAGCCCAUGUAAAUCGGCCAAAACCCGGAGGCAGUGGAAGUUCCAAUAAUGGGAAUCUUGCACGCCUCAUGCUCUCAGAUCCUACCGCAUUUUCCAAUAUUCUUGGAAUAAAUGUAAAACUGGUGGAAAAUUUGAGGCUGAUCAGCAACCUGGCACUCUCAUCCCGAAGACUUGAUCCUGAAAAGGUCCAGCAGCUGUACGAGGAACUGGAGAAGAAUAUCAUAGCGGAAUUCACGUUCGUUAAAAAGCUUCCGCCCUGUUUGCAUAAAUACAAACACUUUUUUCCAAACUGUUUAUUUAUUUUGGCUCAAUUGUUUAAUAUAAAACUCUACGGAGCCGACAACUGGUCAAAUAUUUAA